AUGACAAAUAACAAACAACGAAACCGUCGCCCACAGGAGAUUGAACGAAAUCUUGAAGAUGUGACAUUAAUCUUAUGUGAUCCAAAUAUUGAUGAUUCAUUGGAUUCACGAAACAUAGAAACAUUGCUUAGAAAAAUAAACAACCAUGUUGAAUAUUAUACGGAUCCACAGUUGUGUCUUGACUAUAUUCGAUCCAUUAAUGAUGAGAAAAUAUUUCUUAUCCUAUCAGAUGCAUUUGAAAAACAAGUUUUGCCUGAAAUAUGUUCGUUUUCUGCAAUCAAUUCAGUAUUCGUUUUUUGUACACAACAUCAAGCAUUGAAGUUUGAUGAAUAUCCGAAAUAUGUCGAAUUUUUUGCUGAUCAAUCAGUAAUGUUGAAAUCACUUAAAUCAAGAAUUGAUUUAACAAUCAAACAGACAAUGACAUUUAAUCUAUUUGAUAAUAAAAAACAAAAAACUGUUCGUAAUUUAUCUAAAGAAUCUGCGUCAUUUCUGGGAUUUCAACUUUUAAUGGAUGUUUUAAAACAAAUGCCACAAACUGAUCAAUCGUUUCAUGAGAUGCUAGAAAAAUGUUCAGAUUAUUAUCAAUCAAAUAUAAGUGAACUUAGAAUGAUUGAAGAAUUUCGAAUGACAUAUACAAUCUAUAGAGCUAUUGAAUGGUAUACAGCUAAUUCAUUUGUCUAUCGAUUAGUUAACAAAGCACUGCGAACAGAAGAUAUUGAACUUCUCUAUUUAUUUAGAUCGUAUAUUAUUGAUCUUUGCUCACAAUUAGAACAAGAACAUAAACAAAUUUCUUCUACAGAAGUGUUUAUAGUAUAUCGUGGACAGACAAUGUUUACAGAAGAAUUUGAAAAAUUAAAACAAAGCUGUGGAGUUCUAAUAUCAACAAAUGGAUUCUUUUCAACUUCAAGAGAUCUCAAUGUAGCAUUAAGUUUCAUUGCUGGUAGUUAUAAUACAGAUCAAAAGAGAUUAAUUCUAUUUGAAAUAACAGUUGAUCCUCAACUUAAAUCAGUUAUAUUUGCUGAUACUGAAAAAUAUAGCCGUAUGAAAGAUGAAAAAGAGGUUUUAUUCAGUGUAGGUGCUGUUUUUAUUAUGACACAAAUACAAUAUGAUGCACUGAUGAAUUUAUGGAAAAUUCAAAUGAAAGCUACUGAUGACGGUUGGAAGCAAGUUGAUGAAUAUUUGAUAACAAUCAGAAAACAAAUGGAAGAAGAAUAUAGUCCAACCAUCUUAUUUGGUUGCCUUCUUUGGCGAGAUAUCGGAGAAAUUAAUAGAGCAGAAAAGUAUUUUAAAACAUUACUAAAAUCUUUGCCAAAUGAUCAUGCAGAUAUACCAUCACUUUAUCAUCAAAUGGGGAAUGUAUAUUACGCAAAAAAUGAUUUCGAUACGGCAUUAGAUUAUUAUACACUAGGAUAUAACUUGCGUUGUCAAUAUUUACCUUCUGAUCAUUAUCAGAUUGCUGCAUCCUUAAAUAAUCUUGGUAUAGUUUAUGAAGACAAACAAAACUAUGAUCAAGCUUUAGAAUAUUGUAAACAAGCGUUAGCUAUUUAUGAAAAAAACUAUCCAGGUGAUCAUUUGAAUAAAGCAAAGGUAAUGAUGAAUCAUGGUGUUGUUCUUCGAAGAAAGAAAGAUUAUGAUAACGCAUUGGAAUAUUUAACAAAAUCUCUCGAAAUGCAUAAACAUGUCUUACCUGAAUACCAUCAUUCUAUUGCUCGAUGUUUAUGUAACAUUGGUGCUGUAUACGAAGAUCAAUUGAAAUUCGAUCAAGCACUUGAAUAUCAUCAUAAAACUUAUGAAAUGAAUGAAAAAAUAUUACCGAGUGAUCAUAUUUAUCUUACGAAAGAUCUCGAUGGAAUUGUCGAUCUUUAUAAGAAAAAAGGUGAAUAUGAAAAAGCUAUAAAUUUUUGUCAAAAGAAAUUAGAUGAACAGCAAAAUAAUCUAUCAGAAAAUCAUCCACGAAUUGGACAUACACUAAAAACUAUCGGUGAUAUUUACAAUGAAAAGAAUAGUCAUUAUGCAUUUGAAUAUUAUCAAAAAGCAUUAAAAAUAUUUGAAAAUUGCAUACCACCUAAUGAAGAAGCUAUGAUUGAUUGCUUAGAACAUAUCAGCAAUUUGUACUAUAAUCAAGGUCUUUAUGAUGAUGUACUCAUUUAUAGAAAGAAAUUGUUUGUUAUACAAGAAAAGCUUCUUUCAUCGCAACAUUCUGCCAUUGCGAUUUCAUUACAAUGGUUUGGUAAACUUUAUUAUGAUAUAAAGAACUAUAUACAAGCACUUGAUUAUUUCAAAAAAGCACUUCAAAUUUACCUAGAAAAUUAUACUGCCGAACAGGAAAAAAUCAAAGAAAUACAACAGUAUAUUGAUAAUAUUAAGAACAAAUUAAAUUAA